UAUCUCAAUUAUCGCGCUCGAGCUUCGCCAACUGCACUUUGAGUUACAUAUGAGUCCUACUCCGAUUAGAUUUGCUCGUACUGUGGACAUUUCGCUCUCGGAUCGCCGGAUCGUUCGGCUUGGUGGGCGAUUCAGAGUGAAACAUGCUGCUGCUUCUGCUGGUUGUGCUGCUCUGUGGCGCGGGCUGGAUCAUCCAUCUUGGCCAGGCCGAUCGGCGGCGGAAGGUGGCCAAUUUGCCGGGACCCAUGUGCCCGCCGCUCAUUGGCGCCCUUCAACUCAUGCUUCGUUUGAACCCAAAAACUUUUCUAAAAGUGGGUCGGGAGUACGUGCAGAAAUUUGGUCACCUCCAACGAGUGUGGAUCUUCAAUCGCCUGCUGAUAAUGAGUGGCGAUGCGGAGUUGAAUGAGCAGCUGCUUAGUAGCCAGGAGCAUCUGGUGAAGCAUCCGGUGUACAAAGUGCUUGGCCAGUGGCUGGGCAACGGACUGCUGCUCAGCGAUGGGAAGGUGUGGCACCAGCGCCGCAAGAUCAUCACUCCCACGUUCCAUUUCUCGAUCCUCGAGCAGUUUGUCGAGGUAUUCGAUCAGCAAUCGAACAUUUGCGUCCAAAGACUGCUGCAAAAGGCCAAUGGCGAUACCUUCGAUGUCUAUCGGAGCAUUUGUGCUGCAGCAUUGGACAUCAUAGCCGAAACAGCUAUGGGCACCAAAGUAUAUGCCCAGGCCAACGAGAGUACACCUUAUGCUGAGGCAGUCAAUGAAUGCACUGCCUUGCUAAGCUGGCGCUUCAUGUCAGCUUAUCUGCAGGUGGAGCUGCUGUUCACCCUCACCCAUCCUCACCUGAAAUGGCGCCAAACGCAGCUCAUCCGCACGAUGCAGGAGUUCACCAUCAAGGUGAUCGAGAAGCGUCGUCAGGCCUUAGAGGAUCAGCAGAAGCAAUCCAAGUUGGUGGAGCAUGUCGAUGAGGAAGUGGGCUCCAAGCGGCGCAUGGCAUUGCUUGACGUGCUGCUGAUGGCCACCGUUGAUGGCAGACCGCUGACCAACGAUGAGAUUCGCGAGGAGGUGGACACGUUCAUGUUCGAGGGUCACGACACCACCACCAGUGCCUUGUCCUUCUGCCUGCACGAGAUAUCGAGGCAUCCCGAGGUGCAGGAGAAGAUGCUGGCGGAGAUCCUCAGUGUGCUGGGCACCGAUCGAAGCCGACCAGUUAGCAUUCGGGAUCUCGGAGAGCUCAAGUACAUGGAGUGCGUGAUCAAGGAGUCGCUGAGGAUGUAUCCACCAGUGCCCAUCGUAGGGCGCAAAUUGCAGACUGACUUUAAGUACACGAACUCCGUGUAUGGAGAUGGAGUAAUUCCAGCCGGCUCGGAGAUUAUAAUCGGAAUCUUUGGUGUACAUCGCCAACCCGAAACUUAUCCCAAUCCGGACGAAUUUAUCCCCGAACGACACGAGAAUGGAUGUCGCGUGGCUCCAUUUAAGAUGAUACCAUUCAGUGCGGGACCCAGGAACUGCAUUGGCCAGAAGUUCGCCCAGCUGGAGAUGAAGAUGAUGCUGGCCAAGAUUGUCAGGGAGUACGAGCUGCUUCCCAUGGGUCAAAGGGUCGAGUGCAUUGUGAACAUCGUUUUGCGAUCGGGAACGGGCUUUCAGCUGGGAAUGCGCAAGCGAAACAGUAACUGAGCACUAACUAGUUUAGGUUGUAAAAAGACACGUAUUAUUCUCUAAUCAUAAGUAAAAAAUGUGUAAUUAAAGGCUGUAUACCAAAUUUUAU